CUUCACUGGUGAGUCAUUUCUCUAACCUCUCAACGUGACUUAUUUUUUUAUAAAACAUGAGAAUUGUAAAUAUGGCUACUUCCCUCCCUCCUCACCCACUUGCAACUUUAAGAACCCUGUCGGUCGCCGGGCUGGUCCUACGACGUGCGGGCCUCCGGGAGCGGGCGAGCAAACAUGAAUGUUGGAGUUGCCCACAGUGAGGUCAACCCCAAUACUCAUGUAAUGAACAGCCGUGGGAUGUGGCUGGCAUACGCUUUGGGAGCCGGCUUGCUUCAUAUUGUAUUACUCAGCAUCCCCUUCUUCAGUGCUCCUGUUGCAUGGACCUUAAUGAACAUAAUACAUAAUCUGGGGAUGUGUGUGUUUUUGCAUGCAGUGAAAGGAACACCUUUUGAAACUCCUGAUCAGAGUGGAACAAGGCUCCUAACCCACCGGGAACAACUCGACUAUGGAGUACAGUUUACAUCUUCUCAGAAGUUUUUCACAAUUUCUCCAAUAAUUCUAUACUUUCUGGCAAGUUUCUAUGCGAAGUAUGAUCCAACUCACUUCAUCUUAAACACAACUUUUCUCCUGAGUAUACUUAUUCCCAAAAUGCCACAGCAUGUUCGGAUUUUUGGAAUUAAUAAGUAUUGAAAUGUUUCUGCAACUGAACAAAACUCUUAGAGCUACUACAUUUCCAGUAGCGACAGAGUAGUGAGUGAACUGCACUGCUUCAGUGAUAGUGUGAAAUAAGAGGUAUUUACAUUGGAGGGCCACAUACUGGUCCUUAAUAGGCUUGAAGUGCAGAACUCUACUAAGGGAUGCCUCUGGCUGUGUGCUUGGUAUGUUUCUGAGAGAGGCUCUACAGGCAGGCUGGGCAGGCCCAGCUUAGAAGUUAUGGCAGUACAAACGAGGGUACAGUAACUAAAUCCAAGGAAAUGAGGGAUUUGCAAGAAACUAGGACCAGCUUAUAGUGAAUGGGCAUUAUGCUAGGGAAGGAAAACUUCAAUCAUUCAUUCAUAGUCAGUUUAAACAGACUUCUAUAAAGCAGAAUCAUCUUUAUACAAGUUUUUAUUACUGUACACAUUCCACUUUAUAUGACAUACGCCCUCUUAUUUUAUACAAGUCCCUUCAACCUUAUAUGUGUACUUUCUUGUUUUUCUGGCUAAGUAUUGUGGGUUGAUAAAUGAGGUCAUGUUUGCUUUUAUUACAUUACAGAGUUUGUGAAGGUUAUCUUCAUGGUUCACUCUGAGAGAAGACAGGCAGGUAGGUAUCUUACAGUCAAGGCUCUCAGUCAGCAUUCUCAUAUUGGAACAAAGUGGGUUUUACUCCUUUUCCAGAAGCAAAGCUGCUAAACCAGUUAAGAGAAUAACUUAUUUCAAGUAGUUUAGGUCUGGGGUAGCUUAAAGUAACCGUUUAUUUGGUCGUGCAAGUUAGUUAAAGUCUGUCAUUCUUUAGAAAAGGAAAUGCAGAAUGGAGCCAGCUGCUUUGAGCAGAACUGAACUGUUUCUCCAACAGUGGACCUGAAGCAAUGGUGUCUCUGUUGGCCACCACUGAAGGAAAAGAUAGCAUUGUCUGCUCUUAGCUUCCUGCUCUUGAUCCCCACAGUUUGCCUAUUAAUGUGUCCUUUAAAUGUGUGAGUCUUAGUGUAGACAACCUCAAAUGGUACCUAUACCCACAGCAACAGCUAUAUUGAAUUCUUGUGACAUUGGGAAGCUUCCUUGCUAGUGUUAAUUGUAUGAAAUUACUACUGUGAGAAACAUAUUUCUAAAAUGUUAUAAGAUAAAGCUGAAAAACUCAGUAUUGUAAGAUUGAAAACAGCUGUAGACCAACUUAUAAAUCAAUUUGUAGCAAUAAACAGACUUAGGGGUAGUGAUUAUUGUUUCAUAUUUCAAAAGUACUGUGUUUAAAAAUCAGUUGUAUGAUGCUGCCUUUGUAUGUUUGUCUUCUCUUGUGUCUUUUUAAAUAACUGGUAAUUGACGCUUUAAUAAAAAGUU